GGAAAUGUGCAUAACUUUUAAAGCUAGUAAUACAUACAACGAUCAAUAACACUUAAUUAAUUUUUCAUUAAUAAAUGACUGACAGAAUGGCUAGUAGAGAAACAUCAAUUAAUUCAAAAAACUCGGAUGAUCAUAGUGUAGAGACAUUAGCAGAAGUCUUCAGGUGUUUUAUUUGUAUGGAAAAAUUGACAGAUGCACAUCUUUGUCCUCAUUGCAGUAAAUUAUGUUGCUACACAUGUAUCAGAAGAUGGUUAACAGAACAACGUUCUCAAUGUCCUCAUUGUAGAGCUUCCUUACUUUUACAUGAAUUAGUAAAUUGUAGAUGGGUUGAAGAAGUAACACAACAACUUGACACACUUCAAGCUGUUGGUAUUUCAAAUUCUAGGCACGAUGAUUCCAGUAGAGAUAGGUGUACUGUGCACCGUGAAAAACUGUCUGUUUAUUGCUGGACUUGUCGUAGAUGUAUAUGUCACCAGUGUGCUCUUUGGGGUGGCACUCAUUCAGGACAUACUUUUAAACCAUUAGAAGAAGUUUAUGAACAACAUGUUACACAAAUAAAAGCAGAAGUAGGUCAAUUAAAAAGAAGAUUGAUGGAGUUAAUAAGCCUUGUUCAAGAAGUAGAACGAAAUGUAGAAUCUGUAAGAGCUGCAAAAGAUGAAAGAGUUAGAGAAAUCAGAAAUGCAGUAGAAUUAAUGAUAGCACGUUUAGAUUCUCAGUUAAAAGCUAAAUUAUUAACGUUAAUGAGUCAGAAAAACUCUUUGACAUUAGAAACAGAACAACUAGAAGCAUUAUUGCAAGAAGUAGAGCAUCAAUUACACACUUGUACUCGUUCUGAACUUAUAAUUAAAAGUGCAGAUCUUUCACGAAUGAUACAUCAAGUACGAAAGAAACCAAUGACUAGUUUUGUUACAGCUCCUGUUCCAGCAGAUUUUCAUAGCGAAAUUGUUCCGGGAUAUGAUAGUGCUACAUUUGCAAUGCAAAAUUUUACACAAUUACAAUUAAAAGCAGAUCCAGUAUAUUCUGCACCUUUACAUGUUAAUGGAUUAUGUUGGAGAUUAAAAGUAUAUCCUGAUGGAAACGGUGUUGUACGCGGAAAUUAUUUAUCUGUUUUUCUAGAACUAAGUGCUGGUUUGCCAGAGACAUCAAAAUAUGAAUAUAGAGUAGAAAUGAUUCACCAAGGAUCUCGUGAUACAAGUAAGAAUAUUGUUCGAGAAUUUGCUUCUGAUUUCGAAAUUGGUGAAUGCUGGGGAUACAAUAGAUUUUUCAGACUAGAUUUGCUUGCAACUGAAGGAUAUUUAAAUACCGAAUUGGAUACUCUUAUAUUGCGGUUUCAAGUACGUCCACCAACGUUUUAUCAACGUUGUCGAGAUCAACAAUGGUAUAUCAGUCAAUUACUUACAGUUCAAAAUCAAUAUGCUACUCAAAUUAAUGAAUUAAAAGAGAGAUUAGCAAUUGAAAUAUCACGGAAUGCUAUAGCAGCAACCCGAGUACCUAGUGGAGCAACUUUAUGUGGAUCAACAUCAAAUGUGACACCUAUGAUUAUGCAACAACAAUCACAAACUGCUGGAGAUUCAUUACUUAAUUCCAAUUCUACUCGUUCGGGUGAAACAUAUCAAAAUAGCACAUCCACGAGUAGAUCAGUACAAAAUGUACUUCCUGGUGGAAGUAACAGUGAUGUUUUAUCUGGAGAUCAAUUAAUGCCUAUGUGUGAAUUAGGAGAACCUUCAAAUAUGCGUCCUCUUGGUUCUUCUUCGACAUUAUCUUCUAUUUCAUCAAAAACAAGUUUAAAACAACAUAGAGUAAAUAACUUAAGCGUCGUUGAAGCUGAACCACCUAAAAUGCAUAGUACGAAUGAUAGUUCUAUAGGAGAUUGUCCAGCUACAAGUACUCAUUCUCCACCUCCUUCAUAUUCUUCACCAACAGUUAAUCAACAACAACUGAAUCUUUUGUCUAGUAGCAGCAGUAGUGAUAGUGGAGAAUUAAGUGAACAUGAUAUAUAUUUGGAUGAAUGCGAACAUAACGAACCACAUUUAACACUUUUAGAUGACAAUUCUAAUGAUGAAAAUGAUGUAGAUGAUGAAACAAUGUCAGGUACAAGUUCAAACAGAGGUUCUAUAGAUAAUGUGCAGAGACAACGGGAAAACAAGUUAGAUAAAGGAGAAAAUGACGUAGAAGUUGCCGAGUCAUUAUCAGCAUGGAUUCAGAAUAAACAACGUACAAAACAACAGAAUAAUCGAGAAAGUACAGGAGAUAUUUGGAGAUUAGGAGGUACUGAUAGUUUAGAAGAUGAGAUUAUGUUGCAGUUAUUUGAGAUGCAAGAUCGAAAUUCUACUUGGACUUCAUUAUGUUUUAAUCAACAUGUAGAUGAUACUUGUGAUUCAAGAACAUCUUUAACGACUAUACAACAUCAUAAUUCUAAUCCUUUACAACCAGAACAUGAUUCAACAUGUAAUGAACAAUUUGCUGACAAACGUUCCACAUGUCCUUCACAUCUUUGUCAACCACAAAUGAUAUGUGGUAGAUCAAAAUUAAGUCAAUUACCCAAUAUUUGUCAGCAAGAAAUUUCUGGAUUAAUAGCUUGUGGAAGUCAAACAAGAUCUGAACCUGCAACUCGUUCAAAUUCAAUAGACUGUGAAAAAGAACUUCCAAAGAUACCUAUGGUUAAUAAAGUUAAUCACGAAGUAGAAAUAUCUAGAUCUGAUUUGAUAGUGCCAAAUGUAGUACUGGAUAGUAAUAAAAUAGUAUCAAAACAUUUAUUAUCACGACGACAAUCUUCGCCAUCAUCGUCUACUAAUGUUAGUAUUAUAAAUAAUGAAAAUAGCAAAAUAUUUGAAUUUGAACAAUUGCUGGAAACUAUUCAAUUAUCUCCAAUAUCUCAAAAAGAUACUGCCAGUUUCAAUAAAUUAAGGAAAAAUAUUUCAUUAGAAGGAAAAUCUAAUGGUUGCGUCACUGCCAGUAUAAAAUCUACUGCACUUUCUUUAGGACAUGAUGUUCCAUUAUCGUCCACAAGCAGCACAGAUGCUAUUCCGAGUUCCAAUAAUUACAGUUGGGCACCUGCAUUAUAUCAACAUAAACAUGGUCAAAAAAACAUUUUAGAGGCUACUGCAUCAUCUAAUGAUACUUCCAAUAAAUGUACCGCGGAAAAAUCGUUAGAAGAAACUAAUUCGUGAAAUUAAAUUUGACCUGUAUCUGUGACAUUUAACACUAUGAAUAUUCUGUGAUUUUUUUUUUAUUUACAUAUAUACAAUGUGUUAAUAUUAUUAAAAUGAUAAGUAAUAAGAAUUAGAGACUUGAUAUUUGACUUGAUAUUCUAACAAUAGUGGUAAGUGAAAUAUUUUAUUAUAAAGAUGAUAUUUUUUGUACUAAAUAUUGUAAAAAAAUAUUGCAUGUUUAUUUUAUGAUUAUGUCAAUACUGCUUAAAUCUUAAUUGGAUAUCAGUAUUACAAUAUUGAUUUUUUUUCAGUUUAAAAAAUAUAUAAAAAAAAAUAUUAUGUAUAUAAAAUAUAUUCAAUUCUAAGUAAACUUAUAUUCAAUUAUUAAUAUAUUGUAUUAUAAUAUCAAAAUACUCAAUAUGUUUAUCUCUGCAAUUGGUUAUGGUAUUAUAAAUAUUAUAAGAACAAAUUUUAUAUUAUUUUUAUGUGAUUGCUUGUGAAUAUACAUAAAACGAGCACAGCCCAUGACAGUAAAAUAAAAUAAAGAACAUUAAAUAUA